GAAAGGGACAUGGGAGCACAAGGGAGGGUGGUAAUAAAAUGAAAUAAUUACAUGUGUAUAUAAAAUAGAUUACAUUAGGCAGGGGUGUCAUGAAGAUUAGUGUGAUAGUGACCUUGUUGCUAAGUGCAAAAGCAAAACAAUGACAUAAAAACAAGUAGGCUAAGCACUCAGUGGAGGAGAGAGAUGCAGGAGAAAAAACGCUGAGUAAAAGGGGCCUUUGAUUCCACAGGCACAAAAAUCCACAGCCAGGAAUUUGCUGCCACCUCUGAGUCAGGCAGGGGUGGGGGUGGGGUGCACCAUUCCAUUAGAGAAUGCCCAGUGGAUUUAGUGUGAGAGUCACAUUUCUCAUUUGGAACAGUGUAGACAGAAACAAACUCGGCUCACUUGUUUUCUGGGACAGUAGAGUUAGGGGAUGGCUUUUGCAGAACACUCACCGCCAACCCCUCACCGCCGGGACCUCUGUAGCCACUCUAUCUGGCUAGCAAGGAAGAUUCGUUCAGACCUGGCUGCUCUUACGGAAUCUUAUGUGAAGCAUCAGGGCCUGAACAAGAACAUAGACCUGGAUUCCGUGCAUGGGGUGCCAGUGGCAAGCACUGGGCGGUGGAGUGAGCUGACGGAGGCUGAGCGACUCCAAGAGAACCUCCAAGCUUAUCGCACCUUCCACGCCAUGUUGGCCAGGCUUUUAGAAGACCAACGGGUGCAUUUUACUCCAGCGGACAGCAACUUCCAUCAAGCAAUACACACCCUUCUGCUCCAGGUUGCUGCCUUUGCGUACCGGCUGGAGGAAUUAAUGGCGCUCCUGGAACACAAGAUCCCCCCUAAUGAGGUUGAUGGGAUGCCCGUUAUUGUUGGAGAUGGUGGUCUCUUUGAAAAGAAGCUGUGGGGCCUAAAGGUGCUUCAGGAGCUUUCGCAGUGGACAGUGAGGUCCAUCCAUGACCUUCGAGUCAUUUCUUCUCAUCAGACUGGGAUCUCAGCACACGGAAGCCACUAUAUUGCUAAGGACAAGAAAAUGUAGCAGCCCAGCCAGAGUGGCUCGGUUGAGCAUUGUCCCAUGCACAAAAAGGUUGCCUGUUUGAUUCCCAGUCA